UGGAAAAUCAAGAGUCGACUAACCAAAGGUAGUGCGAACUCGGACUCCUAUCGUAAGCAAGCAGCCCUCUGUAAACUCUCUUUUUUAUUCACAUUCCCCUUUGUUUCUCGCUCUAGAAAUUUACGCUUCGCAAAAGCUUUCGAGCGAAGAAGAAGAAGACGACGAUUGGUUCGGUCGGGUGUUUAUUCUCACCUAUUUUCUCUCUCUAAAGUGUCUCCUCUCUCUCCAGAGUUCUUCAAGAUGCCUCGCUCUUCAUCCAGGAAAGGCCAAGUCAAUUCGGCCGCGUCAAAUAAUUCCUCACCUAUCGAUCUAUUUCGCUCUGCAACAGGUAAAGCUGCAACCAAAGAGUUGGAAAGAAUCGAUCAGCUAUUUUAUUCAUAUGCAAAUAGUUCGUCUUGCAUGAUUGAUCCCGAAGGAAUUGAGUCUCUCUGUUCAGAUCUAGAAGUAGAUUAUACUGAUGUCAGGAUAUUGAUGUUUGCUUGGAAAAUGAAUGCCGAAAAACAAGGAUAUUUCACCCUGGAAGAGUGGAGAAAAGGCCUCAAAGCACUUCGAGCUGACACAAUAACCAAAUUAAAGAAGGCACUGCCGGAGCUGGAGAAAGAGGUCAAAAGGCCAUCAAAUUUUGAGGAUUUCUAUUCCUAUGCCUUCCGGUACUGCCUAACAGAGGAGAAGCAAAAGAGUAUAGACAUUGAGAGCAUCUGCGAAUUACUACAUCUUGUUCUAGGGUCUCAAUUCCCUACACAGGUUGACUCAUUUGUUAAUUAUUUAAGGACACAGAUUGAUUACAAGGUCAUAAACAUGGAUCAGUGGAUGGGUUUCUUUCGGUUUUGCAAUGAGAUAAAUUUCUCAGAUCUCCGUAAUUAUGAUGCUGAACUUGCUUGGCCUUUAAUUCUGGACAAUUUUGUUGAAUGGGUGAGAGCAAAGCAGCGGUAAACGCAGUAUGAUUUGUCCAAUUCGGUUAUCACACCUAAUAUUGAAGAAUGUGUUGAAACAAUAUGCGACAGGCCUGCCAACAAUCAUUCUUCAUUUAUUUUGAAACUCGCUUUUCUUUUAUAGCUCUUUUUUUUUUUUUUCUUCUUUACCUUAAUUAUGUCAAACUUCGCACUCUUGCUAUAAUUCAUCUCAUUGCCCCUUGGAAAUUACUGCAGUGUUAUGAAUAUGUUUGGUAAAGCCUCAAUACAUUUUAUUGCCAUUAUUCUUA